AAAGAUGAAGCUCUUACUAAGCAGUCUACUUUUGACCUCUCUCUGUACCCUCUCAUCUUGGAGUGUUUCAUCGAGCACAUUUGUUGUGACCCAGACUCCUGAUGUUUCUGUCAUGGAGGGAGAGACAAUAAACAUCACCUGCUGCUGGACAGAGAAGUUUGAAAGAUUUAGAGUGCAGUGGUUGAAAAAUCAAACAGUUAUUAAAACUGAGAACAGCUUGAAUCGAUCUCAAGGGUCUCUGAAACAGGAGGCAAAGAGCUGGUCGUCUUUGACUUUAACAAAAAUCAGAACAGAGGAUUCAGGAAGAUACAUUUGCAGGGUGACUGUGGAGAUACCAUCUUUAACUGUAGCUACAGGAAAUGGGACAGUCAUCACAGUUACAGCCAACCAGGCAAUGAACAACACCUCAGCUGAUUCUACAGGUCCCAGCACUACUGUGAUGAUCCCCCUGGCUGUAGUGGGUCCUUUGCUUCUCGUCACACUUGUCUGUUGCUGCAUUCUGCGAAGAAAACAAGCAUUAGCAGCCAGGGUGAUCUACGAGGUUCCGCACAUUGACUCUGAGACAGCAGAGAUGGACAAACACAGCACAAAUUCCUCCAGAGGCUCUUCUCAGUGGUGUCAAGUACCUGUGUAUGAAUCCUUCUACUUCGAGCAAGUGGAUCCCAAAGAAAGUGGAUGAGGAUCCACUCCAGUAUUUUCUCAUGUACUUUUUACACAACAUAUAUGCUAUAUAUUCUAUAUAGCAUAUAUUUUAUAUAGCAUAUAUUCAUUUACUUCAAUGUUCAAAGGCAUCCAAAAAAAUUCUAUGGUUGUAAAUAUGUGUAUAUUUUUCUAUAAAAUUUUUAUAUAAUUUUAUAUAAAAAUUUUUUCAGUGAUGGAAAAACGUGACCAGAGAUUUAAAGACGGUUCCACAGACAAUUAUAUCAGGCUAAAUUUGAGAUGCUGCUUUUAUUUUGAUGAGAUCAAACUAACACACAAACUCACAAACAUGAGAGACGUCAGUGUGGGUUACUAAUGCUGCACUGAAGAUGCAGGUUUCACAAUAGUUACAGCUCACAAUAGGCCUGCUGAGUGGAAAGUGUGGUGUUCAGGGGUCGUCGCUUAGUAGGUCAAUGACAGGAAGUGGAAAGAACGCCUGUGACGGUCGAUGGUCGUUUUGCUGUGUGCCUAGUCAUCAUACAGGCACACAAAACUUGUACAUCUCAAAUAAAUCUAAGAGCUUAGAUGCACAUCAGUGAGACUGUAAAUCUAUUCACUUUAAAAGUAGCUUUAUUGAUCCCAGAGGGAAAUUCAUAUGUCUGUAUGUAACUCAAACAAUCAAUGUGAGGCUGGGGAAGAAUGUCUCGGACUCCCGGACCAUCAGCACUGGCACUCCUCAGGGCUGUGUCCUCUCUCCUCUGCUCUUCUCCCUGUAUACCAACUGCUGCACCU